AUGAAUAUAUCCAGAGGAGACGGAUCUAACCUCAAUCCGGAUGUGACACAGUAUAACUGUCCGUUGUGUACUCGUCCGGAUCAUGAUGAGAAGGAAAUGGUGUACUGUGAGGAUUGCCAGAGAUGGUUCCAUUUCAGUUGUGCCGGAGUUGAAGCGUCCGUUAAAGACGAUGAGAACUGGAGAUGUUCAGCAUGUCGUGGAGAAGAUCCGGCUGGCGGUGAUUCGGAAGAUGAUGAUGUUGUUUCCAUUGAGGAGAGUAUUGAAGAUCAAGCCAAAGCCAGAAAAUCGAAGAACAGUGCGAAAUCUACCUCGGAAGACGAUAAAGAGAUUGCAGAGGCAAUGGAGGCGAUAAAGAAGGGGAAAAAGCGUUUGAAGAGGAAAAUGGACCAGAAGUUGGCAUUAGCUAAAGCGAAGUUAGAAUUGGCGAACGAGGAGAUGGAAAUGCAGUGGGCUUUGGACAAGCAGAUCCUGGAGAUGAAGAUUGUUUCAGAGAAGAAGUUUCAGAAGAAAAAGGAAAUGGAUAAGAAACAGCUGCAGAAGGAACUUGAAGAACUGAGUGAAAGCAGAAAGCGAACAGAAAUGGAAGUGGAGAAACUCGAAAAGAAGAAGAAGCGCGAUUGUCUGAAAGAAAAGGAAUCUGGAGAGAAACUUCCAGUGACUUCUACACCGAUUGUCGAUCCGAAGCCGUCCACGUCAAGGGAUGGAUUAAAAAAGAAAAUCACGAAAAUCGAACCGAUAUUGGUGGUGAAGCAACCAGCGAUGGAAGAAAAAAAGAAAUGUGACAGUGAGAAUGCUAAUUCGAAGAUGAGUUCGCAAGAUGAACAGUCGAGCGAUUCUAGCGAGGACAGUAGCAGAGGAAGUUCUGAAGAGGAUCAAAAGAACAAGGAUCGGAAGAAGAGUAAGCAGAAGAUGAAGCAGGAUGAAGUGAACCCAACAAAGGCGCAAAUUUCGGCACGGCAGUUCCUUUCGCGAAAGUUGCCAACUUUCACCGGUCGACAUGAGGAGUGGCCAAUCUUUUUAAGCAGUUUCAACACCACGACUAAGGCUUGCGGAUUUUCAAAUUUAGAGAACCUGGCUCGUUUGCAGGAGAGCUUGAGGGGCCCUGCACGGGAUUCAGUUUGCAGUCGACUGUUGUUGCCGGAAGCGGUACCGCAAAUCAUCGAAACAUUGCGGAUGCUAGUAUGGGAUGCCGCUGCUGCUGUAGAAGGUGUGUCGCUUAAUUCGAAGCUGCUUAAGGGACCGGAUUUCUUAACUUCGUUACCUUCGGUUGUGUGUAAGUUCCGACAGUACAGUAUUGGAUUUGGGGGAGACAUCCGAGAGAUGUUCCACCAACUGAUGAUUCGUCCGGAAGACAGGCAAGCUCUGCGGUUCAUGUUUGAUGGAGAGAUCUACGUGAUGGACUGCGCUAUAUUUGGAGCAACAUGCUCGCCAAGCCAGGCGCUCUACGUUAAGGAUCGCAACGCUAGUGAGUUCUUGAAGCAGUUUCCAGAUGCCGUAAGUGCUAUUGUAAAUCGACAUUACGUGGAUGACUACUUCGACAGUACAGAGACCGUGAAAGAGGCGGUGAAAAGGGCAAGUGAGGUCAAGUACAUCCAUUCAAGGGGCGGUUUCGAGAUUCGAAACUGGGUGUCGAAUUCUCACGCAGUACUCCAGCAGCUAGAUGAGUCAAAAACGAACCAAAUGGUCUAUUUCAAUACCGAUAAAGCUACGGGCUCUGAGCGGGUUUUGGGAAUCGUCUGGGACCCUCAAGAGGAUGUGUUCACGUUUGCUUUGAAACUGCGAGAGAAUCUGCAACCAUGUCUGACAGGCGACAAGCGUCCGACCAAACGAAUCGUUUUGAGUAUAGUGAUGAGUCUGUUUGAUCCGUUAGGCUUGCUGACGAUGUUCGUCAUUCAUGGUAAGAUGUUGAUACAGGACCUAUGGCGCACAGGUUGUGAGUGGGAUGAUACGGUCGACGAUGAGAGCUUCGAAAAAUGGAAAAGAUGGACAGCGCUACUGCCCGAUAUAGAACGGCUAAGAAUUCCCCGUCACUAUUUCGGUGCUGGUGAAUUUCUGGACUACGAAUCGUUACAGCUACACGUAUUCGUAGAUGCCAGUGCCGGUGCAUAUGGCUGCGUAGCAUAUUUUCGGUUGUUAGUAGAUGGGAUUCCUCGGUGUACCUUGGUUCAAGCAAAAUCUAAAGUGGCACCGUUAAGGCAAUAUUCGAUACCACGUUUGGAGUUGAUGGCAGCGGUGAUGGGAGCAAAAUUAGCCGAAACCGUCAAAGCAAAUCACAGUUUUUGCAUCAACCGUGUUCAAUUUUGGACGGAUUCAAGUACGGUGUAUUCCUGGAUUGUAUCGGAUCACCGGAAGUACAAAGUGUUCGUGGCUUACCGGAUUGGCGAAAUUCUGAGUAAGACAAACCCAGCGAAUUGGCGUUGGAUUUGCACGAAGCUGAAUAUAGCGGAUGAUUUGACUAAAUGGAAGAACGGAAACAAAAUUGAAUCACAUAGCCCCUGGUUCACCGGCCCUAAGUAUCUAUAUGAAGCAGAGAAUAUGUGGCCAUAUCCGGAACCACCCAGACCAAACGUGACUGAAGAGCUACGGGUCAGCGCGUUGUUCCACAGUGUAGAGAUCGCGGACUCUCUAAUCGAUUGUAGUCGUAUUUCGAAGUGGAACAUUAUAGUCCGCACGGUGGCAAACGUUGUACGGUUCGUGUCAAACAUUCGGCGUAAACAGCAGGGCUUACCGAUCGAAUCGUUACCAGUUGAUCGUAGGAUAGCACGGUUAGGUAGAGGUUCCGUAGCAGCAGUAAAACGUCCCUUGUCGACAGAGGAAUACCAAGAGGCUGAGCGCCUUCUGUGGAAAAUGGCGCAGGUUGAAUCAUUUCCAGAUGAAGUGAAAACGUUAGUGAAAUGCAGAGAAGGGAAAAGAAUAUCCAUUGAUCGUUCUAGCAAUAUUUUCAAGCUUUCGCCUGUGCUGGACGAACACAAUGUGAUGCGGAUGGAUGGUAGAGUACAAGAGGGAGAAUUCAUUCCAUUUGAGUUACAGUUCCCAGUGAUUCUUCCGAAAGGGCACCCAGUUACUGUCAGGCUUAUAGAAUACUAUCAUAAUCUAUUUGGUCAUGGAAACCGAGAAACCGUAGUGAACGAGUUGAGACAACGUUUCUACAUCCCAAGGGUCCGAAGAGAGCUAGAGAAAAUCGGAAAAAACUGUAUGCAGUGCAGAGUAAGAAAAUGUAAACCGGUGGUUCCGAGGAUGGCUCCGCUUCCAAAUCAACGAACUACUCCUUACGUUAGGCCAUUCAGUUAUGUGGGAGUAGACUUCUUCGGUCCGAUCAAUGUGGUGGUUGGACGUCACACGGAAAAGCGUUGGUGUGCUCUCUUUACUUGCUUUGGAACAAGAGCUAUCCACCUUGAAGUCGUACAUAGUUUAUCGUCGCAAGCGUGCCUGAUGGCCAUUCGUCGUUUUGUUUGCAGACGAGGAGUUCCCGUUGAGUUUUUCUCUGAUAAUGGGACGAACUUUGUGGGCGCCAGUAAGGAGAUUAUGAAGGAGAUCAAAUCUGAUUGUUCCGAAGAGCUGACGAGUUCUAGGACCCGAUGGAACUUCAAUCCGCCAUCAGCACCCCACUUUGGCGGAGUUUGGGAGAGGCUCGUUCGUUCGGUGAAAGAGACGAUGGAUGUAUUGGAUGACGGCCGCAGACUGACGGAUGAAAUACUCCAAACUACAUUAACUGAAGCAGAGGACAUAGUAAAUUCCAGACCCUUGACUUAUGUUCCUCAAGAUCCAGAAAAUUCGGGAGCUAUUACUCCAAACCAUUUCUUGAGGGGACAACCAUCAAGUGGAACAGAGUGUCGCAGGCUGUCGACCAAUGAUGCGGAGGCUCUAAAAAACAGCUACAAGAGGUCGCAGCUAUUGGCUGACCGUAUAUGGAAGCGAUGGUUGACCGAGUAUCUUCCGUUCAUCAACCGACGUGUCAAGUGGCACACUGAGCAGAAGCCAUUAGAAGUAGGCGAAGUUGUGUUUGUGGCAGACGAGGACAACCGGAAGUGUUGGGUUAGAGCAAUUGUGGAAGAAGUUAUUCUUGGAGUUGACGGACGUAUUAGGCAAGCAGUGGUACGUACAGCCAAGGGAACGUAUAAGCGUCCGGUAGCCAAGCUGGCGGUGCCGGAGAUUCGUAUUGGUAAAUCUGACAAGGAUCCUUCACCAGUGUUACGGUGA